AUGAUAGUAUUGUCUUUGUCUACGCAGAGGACUUUGACGCCCGUUGAAGCUCUUGCAGCAGCCAACGCCAUCCCUGAAGCUAUCGUCUCCUACAAGCUUUCCCGUCUCGAAGACAACAAAAACGACGGAGAAAUAACUUUUGGCGCUCUUGACCCAGCCAAAUUCGACAGCUCUGCAAUGGUGACCGUGCCCAACGUCGACCAAGACGGAUUCUGGACGGCCGACGUUGGCUCAGUCACCGUAAACGGGGCAGACACUGGCCUGACAGGCCGUACCGCCAUCCUCGACACAGGCACAACCCUCAUGAUCGUGCCCCCCUCCGACGCCGCGACCAUCCACUCGGGCAUCAAAGGCGCCAAAUCCGACAACCAAGGCGGCUUCACCGUGCCCUGCACACUCACCGACAAAGUCGCGCUCCAAUUCGGCGGGCAGACCUUCGAGAUCGACCCGCGCGACAUCGCGUUCGCGCCUAUCAACCCCAACGACCAAAACGGCGACUGCGUCUCCGGGAUCGCGGUCGGCAACGUCGGUGGGCCUACCGAGUGGCUCGUCGGAGACGUUUUCCUUAAGAACGUGUAUUUCUCCACGGACGCGACGAAGAAUACUAUCACACUUGCGAAAUUGGCUUGA